UGCAACUGUACCUACAAACAGAUAGCAAGGAAAAUCUGGAGGCUUUUUAAGAAACAUUUUACUGCCUUCUCCUGUCAAACUUAAUUUUCAGGUUUAAUUUGUUCCUCCAGGUUCUGAUAUUCAGAAGGGCUGAUACCUUUUCUCUCUCUCCUUUCCCUAAAAGAAGCACUUCCUUGGCAGCUUAUACAUAAGCUAUGAAUGAUAUCAUGUACUAUGUACAUAUUGAGAUCCACUGAAUAUAUUCGACUAACUGUAACAAAGUACUAUUUCUGGGUUUACUGCUUCAUAAGAUGGAAGCUUAUGAGAGACAGAAGAACUACUCUGGGCAGUUGCCUCAUUAACAUGAAAGGGGAAGAAGACAUUGAUUCCAACAAACUAUUUUGUAAAGUUAAUGAAAGACAGCAGAAGGAGAUCCCUUACCUAUCAGACACAUGUUCCUGGUCAAAUAAACCCAGAGCUGAUUUCAACAGAAGUUUACAUAAGGAGCUGUUCUCUUCUGAGAUGAAGAAUUAUUUGAGUAGGGCUGAUCUGUUGCCACACAUUGGUAACAAAAUGCCUCCUUAUUUGAGAAAAUCAACAAGAAGAAAUUCAACUAAAGCAGCUGCUCAGAAAGAGUCAGUUAAUGUGGUUUUUCCUGUCAAAGAACAUUUUGCUAAGAUUUUCUGUGGUAUUAAUGAAGCAGUAGUCAGUGACUGGCUGGAAAGAGCUAUCUGUUCUAUUAAUGACCUCAGAGAGUGGUGUCACAUAGGGGAUAAUUUUGUACGGUUUGCAAAUUUCUGGCUGUCAGAACUAUCAUACAAACAAAAAGUAAACUUGCUGCAGUUAGAAAUGGGGCUCUUUGAGGAUGAACUACAAAGUGCGUUUUUUGAGGAACUAGGCACUGAGUUACAACUCUCUCACCUGCACGCCGUCCUUUCUGCAACACUGUGUGAAUACCCUGAAGUGCUUCUGAAUGAUGAAACAAAAUAUGUUUUCCUUGACUAUCUAAACCUCAUGUCUUCGGAGCAAACAAUAGAAUAUAAGAAAAUGCUUUCAAGUUUAAAAUGUACAACAAACAAUCUUCAGAUAGCACUGUGGUUGCUAGCUCUACGAGCAUUUGCAUUAGCAAGCCUGUGGCAUGCAGUAGUUAAGUUUUAUAAGGCAGUGGUCAGUAGCCAGCUUCCUCCUGGAUUACCUAACAAGAGCUCUGUUUCUGCUACUAGAAAACAAAAAAGUGAACUGUUUAAAGAAAGAGCUUUUCAAUGCAUUCAGUUGGGAUACGUCGAUGUCUUACAUUAUCUAAUAAAAAGCCACCAGAUUGACCUUAAUGUUGUAGAUGAGAACAACCGAAAUAUGAUAUUUUUAUCCAUCAUAUAUAAUCAACCAAAGAUUCUGGAGUACUUUUUGAACAUGGAGCCUCCUAUUCCCAAUGUAAACCAAGCAGCAGAAAAUGGAAAUACUCCACUUCAUGCUGCAGUCAACACCAGAAAGGCAGAUAUCAUGUCUCUUCUUUUGCGUUUUGCUGAAAUUGAUGUCAAUGCCCCCAAUCACCAGUGUAAUGGAGCAACAGCUUUACAUCUUGCUAUCGUUUAUGGACGUCUGGAUAUUUGUUAUUUGUUGCUGAAAGCUGAAGCUGAUCCAGAAAUUCCAAUGGGAGAAUUCACACCUUUGCAACUUGUUCAGCAAAUGGGUAAUAAAGUUAUAGAAAGCCUAAUAAGCUUUCAUGUUAACAAAUUGAAAAAAGGAAAAUAAAACAUUUUCAAAACAGGAAA